GUGUUCAAAAAAACGCAUAUCUUCGCUUUUACCUUUACCUAAGAUGUCUAAAAACAUCUUACCUUUACCUACGUUCUGAUUCUUCUCUGCAAGUAUCAGAAUCGACAUUCGAUGAGAACUAAGCGAUACACUAGGAUUUAGGAAGUCCAUUACUGAGAUGUCUUGAAUUAAUUUCUGGAGUGUCCAUUGAUUAGGUACUUAACAGAUAAUUCAGAUGAAGUGAUGGCGUUACAUGAAGAAAUUAUCAUACUUUGAUAGAAAUGACAGCCAGAACUAUUGUUGAAGUUUGAAGUCCUUUGAACAAAAAGGAGCCUGGUCCCAAAAAUAGAGUCGGAUCUUGAACUUCAAAAAAGUUUAUUAUUUUAAAUAUGCAACUACAUCAUUUUGUAAUAUGCCUUCUGUUCGAUACGCCACUGGUUGUUGAAGAAAUUUAUAGUAGUUCAAAUGAUUCAUGCUCUACAAUUUAACCUUACUCUUACUUUACUAGUUACUUCAUCUAUAAUUUCAAAUGUUGACUAUUUGAAAUCAUACCUCUUGUAAAUCAUUUUUUAGUACAAAAUUCAAAAUGAUGAAAAAAAAUUGUUUAAUUUAUUUCAACUCAAAUUUCUUAUUAUGCUCAAAACGACUUUACUCAACUACAAUAGCGCAAAAACUUGAAGAUCAAAAAGAAUACGUUCCUCUUAAGUUUACAGAUGUACCAAUUAAUCCUCAACUAUGCUGCAUUAACUCGAAACAGGUCUUUUCUAAGAUAAAGAGUCAAAUACCAGCAGACUUGCUUACUAGAAAAAAAUCAUAUGAUUCAUUAUAUCUCAUUGAUCCUUUAGUCGCUAGAAAAGUAGUAGCUGAAAUUCUACCUUAUCUGAAUACGAAUGCGAAACAAGUCAUAGCAGAAUGUCAUCCUGGCUUAGGAUUGAUUACAAGACUUCUAUUAAAAAAAGGAAUUGAACCAAUAAAACUUUUUGAACCAUCAGAAUCGUUCCGAAAAUUGUUGAAGAAAUUGGUAUCUAGAAAUCGGAAUAAAUUACAAUUGUAUUCCAAAAACUUGUUGAAUUUAUCAAAGUUUAAUUAUUCAGACAGACAGGAUGAUGGUGUUAGAGAGGAAACACUUCUGAAAAAUGUUCCUAAAAAAGGCUGGACUGAUGACCCAGCCUUAUCAAUAAUAGGACCAUUAUUAAGUGAUAAAUUUCUUAAAUACAUAAUUAAUACCAUACCAAACCAAACAUCUUUAUCUUCAUAUGGUAGAACAGAAACAUUUUUGAUUAUGAAACCAUAUCAAUAUUUGUCACUAUCAACUGAACAAGAUUUAUAUUUGAAGCGUUAUAAUUAUAUAACUGUUAUGUUCAAUUUAUUCUUUGAAUAUAAAUUAUUGACAAAACUACCUAGGGCAGCUUUUUUACCAUGGGAAAAUAUUGAAAGCUGUGAUCUAGAUAAGCCGCACAACACAGACAAGGAUAGUUUAUAUCUCGUUCGUGCUGUAAUAAAAAAGGAUCUCCCAUUACCUUUCCAUGAUUUAUUGCCAUUUUAUUGUUUUAUGAAGAAAUUUUUCAACAGGUCACAUAGAAUAAUACCUGUAUUAGAAGUAUGCGUUCCUGGUUGCGGAAAACACAUUAUAGUACCACAACUACAUCAUGAAGAUUACUUCAAGCAUAUUGGAAUUUUCACAGAAUUCAGGGAAUUGACACCAAAUCAAAUUUUGGGUGUUUUCAGAGAAAUUCACCAACAUCCCAAUUACAUCGGAAGUCCUCUAUUUGAAAUGGUUGAGGCAGAAACAGUAAGGACAGAAAAAUUGGAAUCAAUUUAUAUAUCCGAACAUGAAAAUACAUUGAUAGAUGAAAUAGAAGACCUAGACCUAGAUGACCAUUUUUUAGAAGAAGAAUUGCAUGAAGACUGAUUAUUAUAUAUUCUUUUGUAAAAAGUUACAUUUUAAUCUUUUAUUGUUGUUUCAUCAAAAUAUUUAUUAAACUUUUUCCAUUGGUAA